AAGUUUUCUGGUCCAAAUAAAACAGUGGAAGAAGAAAGGGAAUAGGGAAGCGAAGGCGACGUCGGAAACGGGAUGCACGGAACACCGGAAGAGACGGAGCAGUUAAUAGGAUACGGUUUGGGAUCCGUAUCCAUGGACCCGUUCGGGUUAAUGGAUAUACUUGACACUUACUUUCCUCAGCAACUCUUCACCAUCGAAGAAACCUGGUUCAAUCUCAUUUCUGCUCUCAUUUCCUUCUUCUCUUCGCCGACGGGACAAAACCUCGCUUCUCAGGUGAAAAAUGAUUAUGGAAACUAUGUCUUGUCACUUGACUUGGAGCAGUUGAAAGGCUUAUGUUUUAUUAAGGAAUUUUAUGAAAUAUUAAAGGAGAAACCUAAAAUUGCUCUCUUAUGCAUGGGUGCUGCCGUUCAUAAGGUUUUGCUUUCCAAAUGGAAAUAUCACGAUCUGGAGCUUGGUGCAAAGGUAGAUAUUCGUCUUCAUAACUGUCCUGAAACUAUGAUUGCGCUGAAGAACUUAAAAGCAGCUUACAUUGACAAGCUUGUCUCAGUUCGCGGUACUGCUGUGAAAGUCAGCACUGUCAGGCCUCUGGUGGUGGAAAUGAGUUUCGAAUGCUGUAAAUGUAAACAAACAAUAACGCGUAUAUUUCCUGAUGGAAAAUAUUCUCCACCAUCUACUUGCAAUUUGAAUGGCUGCAAGAGCAAAAUCUUUAAUCCGUUGCGAUCAACUGCUCAAACUAUUGAUUUUCAAAAAAUAAGAGUUCAAGAAUUAUUAAAACCUGAAGACCACGAAGAAGGACGCGUGCCUCGAACAGUGGAAUGUGAGCUUACUCAAGAUCUUGUUGAUACAUGCAUACCUGGAGACGUGGUGACUGUUACUGGAAUUAUAAUAGGAAUUAACUCUUACAUGGAUAUUGGAGGAGGGAAGUCAAAGAACAAAAACCAAGGAUUUUAUUAUUUGUACCUUGAAGCUGUAUCCAUAAAAAACUCAAAGUCACAGUCCAUACCUGAGGAUCUGCAAGACUCUAAUCCCAAAGCUAGACCAACUGAGCUGUUUGAUUUAUUUUCCUUUUCUUCAAAGGAUUUAGAAUUUGUCGUGAAGUUUGUACAGGAGCACGGUUCAGAUUUAUUUCGGCAAAUCCUUCAAUCUAUAUGCCCAUCCAUUUUUGGGCAUGAACUUGUUAAAGGUAAAUAUAUGUAACAUAAUGAAAUGUGGCUUGGUGCUGGUGGUCAUCGGUUCUAAUCCUGGAAACCACCUCUCCAUUCUGGAGAAGAUUGUAUACAUCUGGCUUCCCCAGACAUUGCCAUGGCAGAAGUCUCAUGCAUGGGUCCACCCUUCUAGCUGUGUGUUUAAUGACAUGUUUCUUAUGGCUUUUUUAAUUGUUAGUAUAACCUUGUUAAUGUUUCCCUUCAAAAGGUCAUAAUCUAACUAGCCCAACAUACUUUUAUUCUCUUUAUCUUAUGAAUCGACUUGUUGACAUGUGCAUUGUUAAAAACUAUUUGGGAAGAAUGUGAUUCACCUUAUUUAAAAUCCUCUAAUGACAUCAU